AUGGGCGUUCUGUCUAUGUUGUGAUUCCAAAGUUUUGUAUGUAAACUUUGUGAAUACACUAGCUAAGAUGAGUGCAGAUAUAGAGUUCCAUAUAAAGAAUGGCUACCCUUGGUCAAAGCUGCCUACGCAUAUUAAACAGGCACUUGGGAACUCGCAAAAGGAAUACGACAAAUCUGUUGUCAAGUAUAGUGUGCAGAACCAACUACGCUAUAAGGGAAACUUGGUGCGUCAGGUGAAGCGUGAUGAGAAGAAAUACUAUGAGGAGGUACUGCAGUACAGUCGUGAGCACCUGAUGCUCUACCCGUACCACCUCUCUGACGUACACGUGAAAGGUCUGCGAAUCACACCCUUCUCCUACUACCUGGGCAUCAUGCAGGACAUAAUGUCACAGGAGAAGAGCUACGAUUCACUACCCAACUUCACGGCAGCUGAUUGCUUGCGUUUGCUCGGCAUCGGUCGCAACCAGUACAUUGAGCUCAUGAACCAGUGCAGGUCUUCCAAAAAGUUUUUCCGCCGUAAGCCAGUCAAAGAUCUCCUGCCCGUGAAGCCGGUAGAUGAUAUCAACAUCGAGCCAUGGUGGAUCGUGCAGCCCGGCUACAUCACAGAGGACGACAUGAAGAUGUGUACUCCAGAUGAGAAAAAGGCAGUUGAUAAUGUUAUUGACAAUGGACCGCUGAGAGCUGGAGACAUGCACUUUAACACUGUACACAGGUUAUUCAAUAGAGGUCUAUUCUACCUUGAUGUGCCCAUAGAAGAUGAUGACUGCAUUACUGUUCCACCUCUUGAAGGCUUCGUUAUGAAUAGAGUCCUUGGCGAUUACUUUGAAACAUUGCUGUACAAGAUAUUCGUGUCUAUUGAUGAGCACACCAACAUCGCCGAGCUUGCAAAUGUGCUUGAAAUCGACCUUGGACUUGUGAAGAAUGCCGUAUCAGUCUUCUGUCGACUUAGCUUUGCACGAAAGAAAACCAGUGACUUGGAGCUAGCGAAUUUACACCCCUCAUGGAAUGACUACACCCCCAACACAAAAAAGCAGGAGACAGAGCAGCUACUCAUUGACUGGGAUAUGGUGAUAGCGAGCGAGAGCCAGGACGUGAUCAGUGAGAGUAAACCUGUGCCCUCCCUCGGAGAUUCCAACUCUGCUGCCAGCGUCGAAGUUGACUCCGAUUCAGCUGCCUUACUGAGUACGGGACAUACAAAGCGCAUUGCAUUCCUCUUUGAUUCAACACUUACCGCAUUCCUUAUGAUGGGAAACCUAUCUCCGGGUUUGAAGAACCAUGCAGUAACAAUGUUUGAAGUGGGAAAGCUCUCAGACGAAUCUAUGGACAGUUUCCUUACUGAGCUGGAAAAGGUUGGAUGCGUGGCAGAAGGGGAAGCCCAGAGAUACUUUGACCAUGCCGUCACGCUACGAAACUCCAUACGCUUCCUGCGAUACAACCGCGAUCUCUCUCCUGAUCCUGACUUUCAUAGUACAGGUGAGUUCAAUCAACAUAAUUAUGCACUCCAGUUGUUGUCAUUUCAAUAUUUUCUGUAUAUAUAUAUAUAUAUAUAUUCACUGUUUUACAGCUUGCUAGUGUCAAUGGCACCAUUAAGCAAUGAGAUUCGACCAGUAAGCAGCUGUACACCACAGCAUAUUGGACCUGCCAUCCCAGAGGUAAACUCGGUCUGGUUCAAAUUGUUCAUCUAUGUGUUGACGGGAUGUGGUCCUCCGUCAUUACUUCUAGUGAAAGGCACGAGACUUAGUAAACUUCCAAAAAUAUUUCAGGAUUAUGAUAGGCUACUGAUAACAGUGUGGGGACAUGACCCGAGUGUAGUGUCAACUGCCAAUGUAUUGCUAACCCUGAAUGAUGCAUUGUCUCACUCUGCAGUUCUCAUGCAGGUGCAUGGACAUGUGGCUGAUGGAGAAACUGUAUUCAUACCAUUUCCUAUCGAUAAUUCAGUGAAAGAAGCAGAGUUUUCAAAGAAAAGCAUGCACACUCACCGAUCAAUCCGUAAGCUGUGCGAAGAACUGCAGCUAGAGCAUACCUGUGGAUUCAUCAGCAUGCUGUGCACCGGCCGUUCUGCCAACCUCUCUGCAAGAAAUAACGACACUCCCCACAAAGUCGCCUGUGACAGUCCCACAGCUGAACGACGAGCAGAGGGUAGUGAUAGUGACAGUGACACAAAGCCUCACUCGUUAGACUUGCAAUACGUGACUUGCGGUCAGGCUGAGGCCGACUGGAUGCUACUGGACUGUAGCUAUGGAGUGCCACUAUUUGAUGCCAGUCUCAACAAGCGAGUAUGUGAGAGGAUUGCAGCCAAGGGAAUAUGCAGAUAUGAAAGUCUUCAGGAACUAUUAAAGUCAAGCCGAAAGUUGUCACUGAAGCUGCUACACUUCAUUGCAGAAAAUCAGGAGCUGACGGUGUCGGCAGACGAGCAUGGAUUCCCCGGCUCACUCAACAAUCGCGAUCAGGUGGUACCAUAUCCAUCAUCGAGUCUCCUGUACUGUGAUGGCAAGCUAGAAGCGUGGGAGGGUUACUGAGCGGGCUGCGCUAUCGUACCCUUACGGAUAACUAACUGCAGAAAACGCAAUAGAUGCACAUUCAUGGUUAUUUGUUGCUGCGUGGAAAUGCCAUUGAUUUCCUGUUGGGUAACUAUUAGUUUCUUUUGCUGAUUGAUACAGCUGUAGUCACCAAUUAUACCAUAGAUGAUUUAUACAUACAUAUACGGAACUCUAUUCAUAUCCACUCUAACACCACUCUUCUUAUCCACCCUAGCCGAAUUGUGAAUUCUUCAGCCAAAGUUUUUGCUGUAAUUACUGUAUUUUUCUUCUGGGCGGAGCAGAUGACUUUGUUGUACUUGUUGUUUUGGCUAACCUUCAAUUGUGAUGAAGGGAGGCAGUGUUGCAAUUUAAGGCUUUGUUCCAAAAUGGAAAAUUAGGUGGCUUAAGUCUUUUAAUUCUUUUCCUUUAAAACGGACAAACAUUUUAGUUGUGUUUAUUUUCACUGUCUGUCCUGUAGUUUAUAUACAGUCAGCCAAGAGAGGGAUAGUACUUAUCCUUAUAAUAUUAAGUGAUAUCCUUCUUUGUAUCAAUGUAUUUCAGUAGGCUUUACUGUAUUAGAUGUACACGUCCGUAGAUACCAUGUUCGCGUUUCAGGAUGAUUGUUGUGUAGUAAUGACACGCUUAUAUAAAAUGUCAGAACGAUACGUUGCACGUGUUAUCCACUGGUCAGAGGAAGUUGCUGAUACACUGAUGGCAAAAUACAUUCCAGUCGUAAAAGUUAUUUUGCAUAGCAAAUUUCUAUUCCAUGUAUAGGUUCACGAUCGUGAUAUCGUAUUCCGAAGUAUGAUAUGUGCUUGAACAUAUGUAUAGGUCUACGCAUAUGUUCACGAUAUACGUGUAACCCAUAUAGUUCAGAUGUCAUAUAGAGGUACAAAAUGUUGUGACAAGUAUUUAUUGCACGACAGAAUUACUCUUUGCACAUUUACCUUGGACGUCUGCAGGUGAAAUCGCAUGAUUUUGUGACUGCAGCCUCAAAUAGGGUAUAACAAUAUACAUAUUUAUAUUAUGUAUACUAGUAGACUAUGUAUAGUAUGUAUACUAUGUAUACUAGUGUACAUAUGUUAAUGGUAUUUGCUGUCGUAAUUCGAAGAGCAGUUGAGAUGCAAUGUUAGGAUUAAGGUGUAUCAUACUGUGUGCCUAGUAGACUGCAUAUCUGUAUGCAUUAUUUAAAUGUGAAUGCGUAGUGCUGUAAAUAUUGGGGUCGGCUGCGAAAUAAUUUGCUUAUAUAUAUUAAUAAUCUUCGUGCCUGACAUCGUUGAACUGCGUACACUAAUAGUCAUAGCAUGGUUCAGAUUAACUAAUAUGUGUACAUAUCGGGUACAAUCGCUAGUAUUCACAAAUUUCAUCUGUACGUGUUUUCGGUUGCGUUUCGCAAUGCAGACGCAAAAGCGUGGUGAGUGAAGAAAGUUUGACUCCUGUAACGGCUAUUGUAUUUCUGGUGCUUAGCUGUUUCGAUUAGUGUCGCCCUGACAAGACGUAAGUCUUGCUAUUGUGGUUUUCAUCGUCAUCUCCGCAGUGUCUACUCUGUUGGCUAAAAAAAUCUAGCGCUAUAUAUCCCCAAUAAAGAACACUAAAAACAGUGGCAUCAUGCUGUUUUCACAAUAGCGAAAGUAAACACACAUAUAAUGGUAGGAAUGCAUUUUCGAUGACAGCGAAAACCCUGUUUCCAAAUUAAAUAUGCCAAGUCGUUACUAAGUUAUUUAUUUUCAGUUUUAAUUGCUAUAAACGAUUUUUCCGGUUUCUUUGUGUACAGGUUACACGCACGCUGUGAUGUUAGAACAUGUGGUUAUUGUGUUACCUAUAGGGGGUUGGUCUAGUGCAUACUAUGUCACGUUUCAUUACCUUACCUCACGUCUUAAAAUAGGCUAUUUAUUAACGUGCGUCCAACAAGAUUGCUAGGAGUGCUGGUGGUCGUGGUGACGCUCUAAACGCAGUUAUUACUAUCAACGAUAUGCCAUACAUCAUAUCCACCAGACGCAUAGACGCAAAAAAACCUUCAGAAAUUAAAGUUGGUUGUUCUAAACUUUGUGCCCUCAGGUGACAAGAUGGCUCUGUAACGCUGAAUCGAUCAGAGAGUGAUAGUAAAUCAUAAAAUGGUGCAUGUUAAACCUUUUGUCUGAUGCCCAUGAAUGCUGGUUCAUCACAUCAAGUUGUCGACAUGUGUUACAAUGAUACAUAUCUGCACAGUGUAUGUCGUGAAGAGCUAUGUUCAUGCCGUUACUAGGGGAAUCCAUGGGAAUCAAAUAACACCGUGUACUCCCGCUGCGGGGACAACCAUACUUGCACGUAAAUGUUGUGAUUAUUAGGAAUUAUUCAACAAAUAAAUCGAAGAAUAAUGAAAGAAA